AAAAGAACGAAACAUAAUAAACGUGUUUAGCGUGCAACUAUGCUACCAUCUUCCUAACUGUUCCCUUUUAAUGUUUUCAAACUCGCGUGCCAAAAAGGUCACUGUUUGAUCGUCAAGAGUUCAAAGAAUUUCUUGAAUUCCAUGGAUCCCAACUCGUCUCCUUCAAGGACUAUACCAAUCGUAUCCACUUUAUCUUCCCCCUUCGACAGCUCCCCUGACGCAAAUGAUUCCAACAGAAAGCACCUGAGUUUGUGGCCCGGAAUGUACCAUUCUCCAGUCACCAAUGCUCUGUGGGAAGCAAGGUCUAAGAUUUUUGAGAGGCUUCUUGACCCACCACUCGACGCCCCCCCUCAGAGCGAGUUGCUCAACAAGACUCCAUCGCAGAGCCGAACCACCAUUCUGUACAACUUUUCCACUGAUUAUAUCUUGAGGGAGCAGUAUAGGGAUCCUUGGAACGAGGUCAGGAUUGGAAAGCUUCUUGAGGAUCUUGAUGCUCUUGCUGGAACCAUUUCUGUUAAACAUUGUUCCCAUGAAGAUAGCUCCACCAGACCACUGUAUCUGGUUACAGCUUCAGUUGAUAAGAUGGUUCUUAAGAAGCCUAUUAGUGUCGACAUUGAUCUUAAAAUGGUUGGGGCUGUCAUCUGGGUUGGCCAUUCUUCUAUUGAAAUACAGUUAGAUGUUAUUCAACCAAGCAAUGGGAGAACUAACCCAACUGAACCGGCACUGACAGCGAAUUUCAUAUUUGUUGCAAGGGACUAUAAGACAAAGAAAGCUGCUCCUGUGAAUCACUUGUCUCCAGAGACCGAAGAAGAAAAGCAUCUAUACGAAGCAGCAGAGAGGAGAAAUAAACUGAGGAAAAGUAAGAGAGGAGUAGGAGACAAGAGGGAGGCCGAAAAUGGGGGAGAGAAUAGACUGGAGGCGUUAUUAGCCGAAGGCCGAAUUUUCUGUGACAUGCCAGCGUUGGCGGACAGGAAUAGCAUCCUUCUAAGAGACACGAGGCUUGAAAAUUCUUUAAUUUGCCAGCCUCAGCAAAGAAACAUUCAUGGUCGGAUCUUUGGAGGGUUUUUGAUGCAUCGCGCAUUUGAAUUGGCAUUUUCAACUGCCUAUGUUUUUGCUGGCAUGAUGCCUUACUUUAUGGAGGUUGAUAAUGUUGAUUUCCUAAGACCUGUAGAUGUUGGAGACUUCUUGCGAUUUAAAUCAUGUGUUCUGUACACUGAAUAUGAACACACAGAUCAGCCACUGAUUAAUAUUGAAGUUGUUGCCCAUGUCACUCGACCAGAACUUAGAUCUAGCGAGGUGUCGAAUAAGUUCUACUUCACGUUUACUGUCCGCCCAGAGGCUAAAGCUCGGAACAAUCAAUUCAUGGUCCGGAAGGUAGUCCCUGCCACAGAAGAGGAAGCACGGACCAUCCUGGAACGUAUGGAUGCAGAUUCCUUACAGACAAACAAGUAACAUCUGUUUUGCAUUGGAUAGUUGGCAGACAUUGAAGGGAGUUUGAUGUUUGUUUGCUUUUACUGUUUUUUAUUCUCUGUGAAGUCUAAAUUCCAACAUAUGAUCAGUUUAGGUCUAACUAUUCUAUAGGCACAAGGCAUGAGAAACAAAUGCAUGCACCUCAAUCUCCAAAAGAGAUUCAUAUAUCCGCAAAAUCUUUGAUUUUAGUAAGUAAUGUGUUGAGCCUCUUUAUGUGAUCUGAAGUGUGAAGAAUAAUCAUUUGAGGGUCAAGGCUACAGUUAUCCAUUCAUGUGUUGAACGUUGGGUUCCUUGUGUCUGCUUAUGCUUUGGGCAUGUUCUAAACAUUUCAUGUGGUUUAUCAUCAUUGUUGAUGAAU